UCAAUUUGUCUGUUUUUAGGGUUUUAGCUUUGUCUUUAGUCGUUGUUUGUUUCUCUUAUCGGAAAAAAAAAAUGGCGGCAAUUUCUAGGGUUUUUGGAGGGUUCAGGACACUGAUGUCGAAGGCGGCGAGUGUUGAGGCUGUUACCGUAGCUGGAGAAGGAAAAGGGAUAUUCAAGACUCUUCCGGUGUCACAGCAGCUGGCUAGCUUCGCCGGAGAAAGCGAACUCACUCGUGGUUCCGCCUUGAAGAAAGUUUGGGAGUAUGUGAAGCUUCACAAUCUCCAGAAUCCGGCGAACAAGAAGGAGAUUCACUGCGAUGAUAAGUUGAAGACGAUUUUCGAUGGCAAAGACAAAGUUGGAAUCACAGAGAUCAUGAAGCUCCUGUCACCACAUUUUCCUAAAUCCGUCUGAUUUGGUUUGGUUUUAUCUAACGUAGUAGUAUCCAAUCUAAGAAGAAAUGGUUUGGCUUUUGUGGUUCAUUUCGGGAUGUAUAUGAAAAACUCUAGACCCGAUUGAACUUUGGUAUGUUAACAAACCAAAACAAAAAAAAACUCUCUUUUGAUCCAUCUACUGGAGAAUAUUAUUAUGUAGUUUGACAAUUUUAUCUUAAUAUCGUUAGAUUUUGUGACUCA